UUUAUUUGACAAGAUAUUGCUUAGUACCUUACACUUUGACUGUCAUGGCGGUUAUCGGUAACCCAUCAUAUUUUUUAGAAUGAUUAAAAUGAGAUAAAUUUCAUGGAUUAACUAAUUUUCAACAAUACAAAUGACUUAUUAUUAGAUAACAUUGUCAGAAAAAAGGUGCGCAAAUACAAUAUAAUAUUUUGCAAAAAUUCAAUGUUAUAAUAUAAUAUACCGCAAUCUACUGCGACUUUUAAAGCAUAAUACAUAACAUUCACAUGGCAGUCAAUGCGUUAAUGGAUUAAAUAAAUUCUUUAAGCAUGAACAACAAAUUAAACAUCUUUCCCCAUUCAAAUAUCCCGCUCUGGGGACGUUCGUACAUUCUCCGGAAUGGCGCUGCUAUGUUAGUUGACCGUUGAUCGGUUGGAAAAGCUAGGCCCGGUCUGGGAAGCUAGCAAAAGUCUGGGCUUUUGGCUAUUCAGUUGCUAGUGGCUGGUCACAGGGUUUGUACACGGAAUUUCUCUUUAGUGCAGAUGUGUAUAUGUGUGUGCGCGAUAAGAACAAAGAAUCAGGCAGCGCAGGGCAUAUCUAUGUUAUACAAAAACGGAUCAAAAGUACAGAACCUUAUCAUAUAUGUGUCCAACAAUUCCUAAGAACAAUUCCCAGUACCGAUGUACUAAAAUACCACCUAGUAAGAAAACUUUUUUUAAUUCCUAGGGAUCCCUAUAUAGAAUUAUACAUACCUAUAUAAUCACAAGUCCUAUAUACGAUAUUUCAAGGAUCUCAUAAAUUUCCUUUUCUUUUUUCUCAGAUUGGUCUCCACCUCAGUUCGUCUCUCCCUUCCCAUCCUCGUCUCUCCCUACGUUGAUUGGUAUUUCGCCUCGUCGUUCCUCGUGGCGUGCGCGUUCCCGAAGACACUGUGGCCGGACCUUCGGCGACACUGCGGUUGUGCGACGCGGACGAGUGUGUCUCGGACAGCUAGGACGCCGGGAGACACAGGUGCAGGUGCGGGUGCAUGAUACACAUUACAUAGUAGUCGGGACGCGAGAACGUGGGUUGGAACGAGCUAGGUGCGCGUAAGUUGGUGAUACGGUUCCACCAGUAUCGUUAGUUACCGUGGCAGAAUGGACGGUAGUACGGGUCCGCCGUCGGACGUGACGGCGAUGGGCAACAGUGAGAACGACGAGAGAUCGAAGACCCAACGGGACACUGACGACAUCACCGCUUCUUCGUCUGCGUCGUCAGGCACAGCCACCACCUCUUCCACGUAUUCUACGACGAUGCAGAGCGACCAGUCAACAGAAUAUUGCGGUCAAGGCGCGAUAAGGGCUGGCUCCACUUCUCCACUCCCUACGAACUCCUCAUCGUCUUCGUCGUCAUCGUUGUCGUCGUCCGCCUCCUCUACGCCGCCGCCGCCACCGCAGCCGGGGUGUGGCUGCGUCGCUGCCACCGUCCUCGAGCCCGACGAAAUUACCAUCAGCAUCACGCCGACUACCGGUGGGCAAUUCGACCUUACGGUCGACCGGACGGACACCGUCGAGAACCUCAAGAAGAUCAUCUCGAAGAGGUUGAAGGUCGCAAAGGAACGUAUUUGUUUACUACAUCGGGAGAGACAAUUGCGUGAGGGAACGCUAGAGGAAAAUCGUUUACAAGAUGGCAGUCGGCUUACGCUGCUGCCGAGCGUGGAAACCGGCCUAUUGGCACAACGACCGGAGCAGAGCGUGAUGCAAGCGUUGGAGAGCUUGAACGAUUCUCAGGUGAACGAUUUUCUGUCCGGCAAGGCUCCCCUGAAUCUCACAAUGCGACUAGGGGAUCACAUGAUGCUGAUACAGCUACAACUAUCUACAGUAACUCCGGCUUCGCCAACGGCCAAUCAGGCGACCAGCAAUACCACUGGGUUAACUAUCGGUGGAAAUAAUUCGAACGGGUCUAAUUUACCCACUAGCCACGUAUCAACUUCCCUGCAAAGUAGGCGGUCCACUGUAUUAGCUGCGCGUUCGACCAGCAGCGCCUCUGCUAAGUUACAAAAUGGAGCUGCGGCUGCGAGGACAUCUUCUUUGAUAAGCAGUCUGGCUUCGGCGUUACACGCAGCAGCUAGCUGCAGUACCAGCCUCUCGACAGCCACUACGACAACCAGUCCAGUCUGUUCAAGCCGCACCACAACUGCCUCCUCAGUCUCAUCCUCAUCCUCUUACUCGCCGAGUUCACCACAUUCGUCCUUCUGUGCUAGCCAAGCGCCAGCCGCUCGAACUAGCAGCAGCCACGGCUCAGUGUCACCCAAUGGGAACUCCAAUGCUUGUCAAUCUUGCCUUCUAUACCAUCAUCAUCACCACCAUCACCACAAUCACCACCACCACCACCAUCACCACCAUCAUCAUCACCACCACUCAAGAAACAAAUCCAUCAAUUCGCCCAACAAUUCUCAACCUUCCUCCUCUUCAUCUUCCGUGGACCACCUACAACAAUCUACCUCUACUGGACAUGGAUGCAUGGAAUCAGUGCCCUAUGACAUAACCCCGCCAAGAAAGAAACUCUGCACCGCUCACCACCAUGGCCAACAAUCCGCUAACAGUACAGAUUCCACCAGGAGUAAUGCUGUGGAUGGGGAUGCUAGUCCUCAGAGUCCUACCUCUUCGUUGGCUGAGCAGAAUUCCAAGGCUGCAACCUUAGACACCAGGGCGCUAGCUGAAGCUUCUCGUAACUUGACGCAGAAACUUAAGCAGCUCUCCUCUGAGGUACUCACCUCGCGGGUCGACCUCGCAGAGGAAAAUGCAAGACGCAGACAAGGUGCAAUAAUAGAGAGUAUGCAUCAUCAUGGAAAGGGUGUAUACUCUGGUACAUUUAGUGGGACCUUAAAUCCAGCUCUUCAAGACAGACACGGGCGUCCUAAAAGAGAUAUAAGUACCAUCAUUCACAUUCUUAAUGAUUUGCUAUGUGCCACACCAGCUGCUACUGCAGGUCAUUAUAGGCACCAUCACAGGCACUCUAGCAAUCGCCAGCAGUCUUCAACUUCUCCGUCCUCAACUGGAACGACAACCACUAUAAAUGGUGCCCCAACACCCAUUAUUGGUUGUCAUGAUUCCUCCAAUCCUGGUUACUCUACUGAGGAACUGUCAAAGGAGAAUGAAGCAACUAAGGGAAAGAUGAGACGUUUGCGCUUAGUGAUGGAACAACGACGUGCAAAGAGAAAAGCCAGAAGACAGGCAGGAGCUGCACCAUAUACCACACAGUGGGCGGCGGUAACACCAGAUCCAGAUCCAAAUCAUGAUCCAAACACGGCCAGUACCGCCACCACAAAUACAACAGAACCUCAAAACGAACCCGAGCUGCAACCUUGCAGUCCUGAACCGGUCGUAGCUUGAACCUGUCAAUCGAUCAAUACGAAGAGUAGUAAUUGUAUAAUGCAAAUUCAGUUUUUAACUAGCGCACUGAUUUAUUCAAGGAUAAGUGGGCAAAACUAUCACUUCUCACCGCGCAUACGCUUCCUUUCGCCAGGGAGAAUUUCCGUUUCAACACACGUAACACAUUAGCGAAAGUUUACUCUUUUUGUUUACGCGACAGAGAAAAAAAGAUGAAAUAUCUAGAGUUAUUUUAAAUGCGUUCAAAAUGACGGAUUGGACGGAUUGGAAGUACCGUGGUCAUCUUCGUGGUAUAAAUGAAAUGCUACAACAAAAAGUGAAAGACCGUUGGAAAAAGCUGUAUGUUAUAGUUGUGCACGUGUGACAUUCUACAUGCAUAAUUUUCAGUAUUGCCUAUAAUACACGUACCUCCAGUCCAAAUAUGCUAUCGAAAUGUUUGAACUUUUAAAAGAAUCCUGUCAAUGGCGAAACUCGAACGAAAGAAAAAACUUAGCAAUAUUGUAUAAUGGAAGGACGUGCAAUGUUAGGCACGGUAUAGAAAUUAUUAAAUAGAAGUUUCACAGAAAUCAUGUGUACGUCUCCGCUGGAAAGUUUGACGCUAUAUUUAUUAGAGAUGAAAGAGAUAAAAAGUAAUUAAAGAAUUGUUUUGGCUAUUACUCAGGACUUGAUCAUAGCUGACAAUAAUUGCACUUGACAGUGCGACCAGCACAUACAGAGAAAAUCGACAAACGAAUGGAGCUGUGGAAUUCUCUAUGGAAAAAGGGAAAGAAAAAUAAUUCGCUAGAAAAAUUUUGUCGAUAGAUAUCUAGGGGAGUAAAAAGAAAAGGUCGUCACUUUGAUCAUUGAUUACUAAUUCCUGUCGGCAUCGGCGUAUACUCAAAUUUAGUAGACACGAGUAGACAAUUUUAAACUCACAUACUUUCACGAAUUGCAAGGAAGACUGUUACAAAAGCAAUGUUACAACUGUUUACUCAUAAUAACACGAGAACUUUGGAACUUAGUGCAAGAAGAAGGAAGAAUUCUUUCUCUUUUUUUUUUCUCUCGGCAAAAACAUAUUUACGUCUGUCGAUGAACUGGUUGAACCGUAUCAAAAUAUACCUUUAUGCAAGAAGUGCACUUUAUAUGAUGUCACUCGCGUAUUCAUAGAAACUUCUCGUUAUCUACGAAUAGCUAGAAAUAGUUCAACAUACAAUGAAAAAAAUGUUCUUUCUCUGAUUUAUAUGUCUCUGUGGAAUAGAAAAGUAUCUUUGGAAAGUGACAUCGAUUCCUCGUAGUUAACGUAUUCAUAAAAUCUAACGUAUAAUGUGGAUCAACUAGUUCAUACUUCGAUAAUUUCAUAUCAGUUCUGAUGAAUAUAAAAAAACGAGAAUAGACUGGAUUUUUAACUUGAAAAUAUCGACUCGUAAGCUUGAUUGCUUACACUGUUCAAGUAUCGUCAUAAAUAUCAUCGCUCUCGACAAACAAGAAAGGAAGAAAAGGAAGAAAGAACUCGAAGCACGUGGAUAAAUGGUCCUAUAGUUAGAAUUAGAUAAUCCUAUCGCAUGGCUCCGGCCAGAAUUCAUUUAAGUUUUACUAGGUACUAAAUAAUAUAAUAUUAUCUGAUAAAGAAUAGCGUAUUGCGUUUAAGUUACUUAGGAGAAAAAAAUAUUACUAUUAUUAUAUUAUUAUCAUUACUAUCGCUACAGUUUUAAAAACUGGCUCAAUAUUGUAACAUAUGAUUAUUGAAUUUUAUCGAGUACCAAAAUAAAUAAGAUUGCUUGCUAAACUAAGAAAAAAAAUGAACGAAGUCCAUCUUUAAGUCUUGUUUGAAUGUGGCAUCAUUUGUUGAAUGUUUGUUAUUAUUGUUAUCAUUGUUUAUUGCCUGUGUAAAGAAAAAAAAGGAAAGGAAUCGCCGAUGCUGUUUUGUUCUACAUUUAUUAUAUUGAUUAUUAUUAAUUUCUAAGUUAAAACGUGUUUUUUGGAAAUAUAUGUUUCGUUUUAGUUUGUAAGACUAUAUAUAAAUAUGAUUUAAGAAACGCCUUGAAGAAGAAAAAUAUUAAAUUGAUUAAAGUUA